AAACAGGGACGUACUCCAAAGAUUCACGUUUUACGUCCCAUCCGCAAGAGAUAUUUAGCAAGUUAGCAACACGUGGUCAUAAUGAAAUGAUCCGGAAGAGGUUUCCCAAAACUCUUCCUAGAUCGGGGCCGGCAAGAUGGCAGCGGACACGCAGGUUUCAGAGACCCUGAAGAGAUUCGCUGUGAAAGUGACCACAGCUAGCUUGAGAGAACGAAGACAGAUACUAGAUGACCUGAAAGAGUGUGUCAGUGGAAAAGAACUGCCAGAGCCUGCCAUCAAGGGCCUGUGCAAGCUGUUCUGCCUCACUCUUCACAGAUACAGAGAUGCGGCGUCCCGCAGGGCGAUGCACUCCGUUAUUGGCCUGCUGGCAGGUUCCCAGCCCGUCAUCAUGGCAACCAGCCUCCUGCAUGCGCUUCUCAACAGCGGGGUUGUCAGCAAGAGCGGAGUUCCCAGUAAGAGCACGGGCUCCGCGGCGUCCAUGGCCAUGUCCUGGACCUGCCUGCUGGUGCGCUCUGUCUUCCCCACCCCUGAGACCCGGGAGGGGCCCAACUGGAAGAAACUGGUGGAGGUUCAGAGCCUGUUGCUGGCAGAAGUGGUGGGGGGUGCCCAACGUACCGCUAUCGCGUCGGUCCUCAAGAGUCUCAACCAGCUGUGGAAAGAGAACGCAGGCCUGGCAGAUGAAUACAUGAGCACCCUGCUCAGUCUGGACCAGAGCCCCUGCUCACUGGCCCUGCUGGGCGUGUGUGUGGACUUCUGUACGACACAGAAAGACAUGAAAACCAUCGACAAACACAAGAGUGCAAUGCUAGAGCUGUACCUGAAGUCUGUCCUUAUGAGCAAGAGCAGACCACACCAGCACAUCCUGGAGAGGAGCGGCUCUGUUCUGCGGCACGUCUCCCACCCCGAGUUCAAGGAGCAGCUGCUGCCUGCCCUGCAGAAGGCCAUGCUACGCAGCCCGGAGAACUCCAUGCAGACCGUUUCCUGCCUGCUGGUGGCCGUGACCCUUGACCUCAGCCAGUACGCCAUGGAUAUUGGGAAGGGCAUUGCCAGCCAGCUGAAGGCCAAUAACCCCCAGCUGAUGGAGCUGGCCGUGCAGGCCCUGCAGAACCUGGCCCAGCAGUGCAGCGACCCCAGCGCCGUGCAGGACCUCGUCACGCACCUCUUCGGCAUCCUCGGAGGGUCGGAGGGGAAGCUCACAGGAUUUGCCCAGAAGAUGAGCGUGCUGUCAGGGAUCGGCAGCUGCAGUCACCACGCCGUGUCGGGCACCUCCAGCCAGGCCCUCAGCUCCGCCGUCACCGUGCUCUUCAUCCCCUACCUGCAGCAGGAAGUGCACGAGGGGACCCUGGUGCACGCCGUGGCGAUGCUGUCCCAGUGGAGCGGGAGGCUCACCGCGGAGGUGCCGCGCCCCCUGCUGGACUGGCUGAAGAAGGCCUUCAGCCUGAAGGUCUCCACCUCGCUCGUGCGCCACGCCUACCUGCAGGCCAUACUGGGCGCCUUCAGAGGUGAUACUCUGGGACAGGCUUGCGAUCUCAUCCCCCUCCUGAUACAGACUGUAGAGAAGGCAGCUGCGCAGAACUCCCAGCAUGCUCUGCUGGCUGAGGGCGUGGCGGCCUCUGUCAUGCUGUGUCGCCUGUCCCUGUUGGACCCCCAGAUGGAGGCGAAGGCGGCUGUCCUGUGGAAUCUGAUUCUGGAUGAGAAGAAACCGCUUUUCACCACAGAGAAGUUCCUCUCUCAGGCCAGCGAAGAAGCCCUGUGUACAGUAUUGCAGCUAUGUGAGAGGCUCUUCCUGGAUCAUUCCCAACGGCUCACCAGCUCCAAGUCACAGAUGUACCACCACGCUGUGGUGGUGGUGCUGUUGUCACGGAGCUGGCGCGUGCGGAAACAGGCGCAGCUCACCGUCAGGAAGCUGCUCUCCUCGCUGGGAGGGUCCAGCCUGGCGCUUAGCCUUCUGGGAGAACUGCGGUCCGUCAUCAACGCGCACAAGGUGUUGCCCCCGGAGCAGCUGCUGUCGGAGGCGGGGGAGCUGACGGAGCUGGGCCGGGCCUACGCUCCCCCGCGCGUCCUGAAGGAGGCGCUCUGCGUCAUCUGCUCCGUGGUGGGCCAGCAGAACGACGCGGCCGAGGCCGAGCGCCUGGCCCUCGAGGUCCUCGUCAUGGCCCACCACCCCUCCAUAGAAGCUGCUCGGCUGGGCUUAUGGCCGGUUCUGCUGUCGUCCAUGAACCUGGACGCCACAGACUUCAUCGACAAGCACCUCGACACAAUCCUGCCCCGUCUGCUGGACGACAACUGCGACAAUCAGGCGGUGCGCAACGCUGUGGCCGCCCUGUCCGUGCUCUCCCCCUGCAAGCUCCUCCCACGCGUGACCGAGCGCGUGACGGAGUGGCUGAGGAACCCCGCCCUGAAUCAGGUGACCCGCGAGGAGUACGCCAUCAUGCUCACGCCCGAGGGCGAGCUGUACGACAAGAGCAUCAUCCAGAGUGCCCAGCAGGAGAGCACAAAGAUAGGCAACCUGAAGAGGGAGAACAAGGCCUACUCCUUCAAAGAGCAGAUCAUCGAGCUGGAGCUCCAGCAGGAGAUUAAGAAGAAGAAAGGAAUCAAAGAGGAGCUGCAGCUGACCAGCAAACAGAAGGAGCUGAUGCAGAACCAGCUUGAGAAGGAGGGCGCCAUCCGCAAGAGACUGCUGGGGCUGGACUCGGAGGUGCAGCGCGCGGUCGGCCUGCUGGAGGCGCUGUUGAGCCGCAGGCCCCAGCGCCUGUCCUGGCAGCUGCCCGGGGUGCUGCAGGUGACCAUGCCGCUGCUGCAGUCGCCCCUGGCCGCCCCGCGCCUGUGCCAGCUCUUCCUGGACAUCGGGGUCUGCCUCAUGCCCCCGGAGCUGCGCCACCUGGGUGUGCUGGUGGGUCAGGUGACCCUGCGUCUGCUGAAGCCCGAGUGCGGCCUGGACCCGGCGUGGGACGAGGAGGACCUGGGCGUGGCCACCCAGCGCACCGUCCAGCUGCUGCACGCCCACACCGUGCCGCAGCGCGAGAGCAAGGCCGACGUCCGGCCCCUCUCGGCCCCCGCCUUCUCCUUCUGCUUCCCCCUGCUGCACGCCGUGCUCAACCAGCCGCCCGGCACCGGCGAGGAGGCCGAGGCCAUGCUGGUCCAGGCCCUGCUGGUCAUCAACGAGCACGCUCAGCUCCGCGCCCAGGGCGACAACCCCGACGUGCUCAUCGACGAGCACGGCCCAGAGCUGCUCCCUCGCGUCAACAUGCUGCUGCUGCUCACCAGAGUCAUUUCCACCGGCGCCCCCCGCCUGCAGGUCCUGGCCUCUCGCUGCCUCACCGACCUGUGCGCCAGCGCGGGGGGCAAUCCCGGGUGCGCCCUGGCGGAGCAGCCGGAGAUCGACGUCCUGCUGGAGGCGCUGCUGGCCCCCUGCUUCUCCGUGCGGGACGCCGCCCUGAGGGGGCUGUUGGAGCUGGAGCUGGCGCUGCCCACGGACCCCGUGGACGCCAGCGGCCUCAGCGUGCUGCGCAGGCUGUGGGUGGCGCGCUUCGACGUGGAGGAGGAGGGCCGGGCGCUGGCCGAGAAGCUGUGGGAGUCCCUGUGCCUGGAGCUGGUGCCGGAGCUGUGCGCGCUGCUGAUCGGGGACGUGACGCACCACGAGGAGGCGGUGCGCUCCGCCGGGGCCGAGGCCCUGUCCAGCGCCGUCAGCCAGUACCGUGGCCAGGCGCCCGCCGCGCUCGGCCAGCUCACCCAGCUCUACCACCAGAAGCUCUACAGGCCCCCUCCUGUUCUGGAUGCCCUGGGACGAGUCAUUUCAGAAGCCCCGCCCGACCAGUGGGAAGCCAGGUGUGGCAUCGCCCUGGCGCUGAACAAGCUGUCCCAGUACCUGGACGAGUCUGAGGUCACGCCCCUCUUCCUGUUCUUCGUCCCCGACGCCCUGAACGACCGGCACCCUGAGGUGCGGCGCUGCAUGCUGGACGCUGCGCUGUCCGCCCUCAACACCCACGGCAAGGACAACGUGAGCUCCCUGCUGCCCGUGUUUGAGGAGUUCCUGAAGGACGCUCCCCAGGACGCCACCUACGACUCGGUCCGCCAGAGCGUGGUCAUCCUCAUGGGCUCGCUGGCCAAGCAUUUGGACAAGAGCGACCCCAAAGUCAAGCCCAUCGUGGGCAAGCUCAUCGCAGCCCUGUCCACGCCCUCUCAGCAGGUCCAGGAGUCCGUGGCGGGCUGCCUGCCCCCGCUGGUGCCCGCCAUUAAGGAGGACGCGGGGGGGAUGGUCCAGAACCUCCUGCUGCUGCUGCUGGAGAGCGACAAGUACGCGGAGCGCAAGGGCGCGGCCUACGGGCUGGCGGGCCUGGUCAAGGGCCUGGGCAUCCUGGCGCUCAAGCAGCAGGACAUCAUGACCACGCUGACCGACGCCAUCCAGGACAAGAAGAACUUCAGGCGCCGAGAGGGGGCCCUGUUUGCCUUUGAGAUGCUGUGUAACAUGCUGGGGAAGCUCUUUGAGCCCUACGUGGUGCACGUCCUGCCCCACCUGCUGCUCUGCUUCGGAGACGGAAACCAGUAUGUGAGAGAGGCGGCUGAUGACUGUGCCAAGGCGGUGAUGAGGAACCUGAGUGCUCACGGGGUGAAGCUGGUGCUCCCCUCCCUGCUGGUGGCCCUGGAGGAGGAGUCCUGGAGAACCAAGGCUGGCUCGGUGGAGCUCCUGGGCGCCAUGGCGUACUGCGCCCCCAAGCAGCUGUCCUCCUGCCUGCCCAGCAUCGUGCCCAAGCUGACGGAGGUGCUGACCGACUCCCACGUCAAGGUGCAGAAGGCCGGCCAGCAGGCCCUCCGGCAGAUCGGCUCCGUCAUCCGCAACCCCGAGAUCCUGGCCAUCACCCCCAUCCUGCUGGACGCGCUCACCGACCCGUCCCGCAAGACGCACCACUGCCUCCAGACGCUGCUGGACACCAAGUUCGUCCACUUCAUCGACGCCCCAUCCCUCGCCCUCAUCAUGCCCAUCGUCCAGAGAGCCUUCCAGGACCGCUCCACCGACACCCGCAAGAUGGCCGCCCAGAUCAUCGGCAACAUGUACUCCCUGACCGACCAGAAGGACCUGUCACCCUACCUGCCCAGUGUAAUCCCAGGGCUCAAGGCCUCCCUGCUGGACCCUGUGCCUGAGGUGCGCACGGUGUCUGCCAAAGCCCUGGGAGCCAUGGUGAAGGGCAUGGGCGAGUCGUGCUUCGAGGACCUGCUGCCCUGGCUCAUGGAGACCCUGGCCUCCGAGCAGAGCUCCGUGGAUCGGUCCGGCGCCGCGCAAGGGCUGGCUGAGGUGAUGGCGGGGCUGGGCGUGGAGAAGCUGGACAAGCUGAUGCCGGACGUGGUGCAGACGGCCAGCAAGGUGGACAUCGCCUCCCACGUGCGCGACGGAUACAUCAUGAUGUUCAUCUACCUCCCCCUGACCUUCGGGGACAAGUUCACCCCCUACGUGGGCCCCAUCAUCCCCUGCAUUCUGAAAGCCCUGGCGGAUGAGAACGAGUACGUGCGGGACACGGCGCUGCGCGCGGGCCAGCGCAUCAUCAGCAUGUACGCCGAGACCGCCAUCGCCCUGCUGCUGCCCGAGCUGGAGCAGGGCCUGUUCAACGACCUGUGGAGGAUCAGGUUCAGCUCGGUGCAGCUGCUGGGCGACCUGCUCUUCCACAUCUCUGGAGUGACAGGCAAGAUGACGACAGAGACGGCCUCUGAGGACGACAACUUCGGCACUGCGCAGUCCAACAAGGCGAUCAUCGGCGCUCUGGGCGCCGAGCGGAGGAACCGGGUCCUGUCGGGCCUGUACAUGGGCCGCUCCGACACCCAGCUGGUGGUGCGGCAGGCCUCCCUCCACGUGUGGAAGAUCGUGGUGUCCAACACGCCCCGCACCCUGCGCGAGAUCCUGCCCACCCUCUUCACCCUGCUGCUGGGCUUCCUGGCCUCCACCUGCCCCGACAAGAGAACGAUCGCGGCGCGGACGCUUGGAGACCUGGUGCGGAAGCUCGGGGAGAAGAUCCUUCCGGAAAUCAUCCCCAUCCUGGAGGAGGGCCUGCGCUCGGACAAGAGCGACGAGCGGCAGGGCGUGUGCAUCGGGCUGAGCGAGAUCAUGAAGUCCACCAGCAAGGACGCGGUGCUGGUGUUCUCCGAGUCCCUGGUGCCCACGGUGCGCAAGGCGCUGUGCGACCCCCUGGAGGAGGUGCGGGAGGCCGCCGCCAAAACCUUCGAGCAGCUGCACGCCACCAUCGGCCACCAGGCGCUAGACGACAUCCUGCCCGCCCUGCUCCGCCAGCUGGAUGAUGAGGAGACUGCAGAGUUUGCCCUUGAUGGACUGAAGCAGGUGAUGGCGGUGAAGAGCCGCUCUGUGCUGCCUUACCUGGUGCCCAAGCUGACGGCCCCCCCGGUCAACACGCGCGUCCUGGCCUUCCUGUCGGCGGUGGCGGGCGACGCCCUGACGCGCCACCUGGGCGUCAUCCUGCCCGCCCUCCUGUCCUCCCUCAAGGGCAAGCUGGGCACCGAGGAGGGACAGCAGGAGCUGUGCAGCUGCCAGACUGUCAUCCUGUCCGUGGACGACGAGGCCGGCCAGCGAAUCAUCAUCGAGGACCUGCUGGAGGCCACGCGCGGCUCGGACCCGGGCCUGCGGCAGGCCUCGGUCACCAUCCUCAACGCCUACUUCGCCCGCACGCGGCUGGACUACAGCGCCCACACCCGCACCCUUCUGUCGGGCCUCAUACGCCUGCUCAACGACGCCAACCCCGAGGUGCUGCAGCAGAGCUGGGACACCAUCAACUCCAUCACCAAGAAGUUGGACGCGGGCAGCCAGCUGGCUCUGAUCGACGACCUGCACAGAGACAUCCGCUCAGCGGGCGCCGAGGCUAAGGGACAGCAUCUGCCCGGCUUCUGCCUGCCUAAGAAGGGCGUGACCUGCAUCCUGCCGGUGCUGAGAGAGGGCGUGCUGACGGGCAGCCCUGAGCAGAAGGAGGAGGCGGCGCGGGCGCUGGGAGGGGUCAUCAAGCUGACCUCGCCCGAGGCCCUCAGGCCCUCCGUGGUCAACAUCACCGGGCCCCUCAUCCGUAUCCUGGGAGACCGAUUCUCCUGGACCGUCAAAACCGCACUGCUGGAGACUCUCACCCUGCUCCUGGCUAAGGUGGGCAUGGCUCUGAAGCCCUUCCUGCCGCAGCUCCAGACCACCUUCCUGAAGGCCCUGCAGGACACGAGCCGGGCGGUCAGGCUGCGGGCGGCCGAGGCGCUGGGCCAGCUGGUGUCCAUCCACAGCAAGGUGGACCCGCUCUUCACUGAGCAGCUGGCCGCCAUCCGCAACGCCGAGGACGCCGGCGUCAGGGAAACCAUGCUACAAGCUUUGAGGUUUGUGAUCCAGGGCGCGGGGUCAAAGGUCGAUCCAGCCAUUCGCAAGAACAUCACCACCACGUUGCUCGGCAUGCUGGGACACGAUGAGGACGCCACGCGCAUGUCCUCGGCCGGCUGCGUCGGGGAGCUCUGCGCCUUCCUGUCUGAGGAGGAGCUGAGGAGCGUCCUUCAGCAGCAUGUGCUGGCGGACAUGUCGGGCGUGGACUGGAUGGUGCGGCACGGGCGGAGCCUGGCGUUGGCCAUCGCGGUGCGGGCGGCGCCGGAUCGGCUGUGCGGGGAGGAGUACGGGGCGGCAGUGCUGGAGGCCGUCCUGGCCAGCGCCACGGCGGACAGGAUUCCUAUUGCCACCAGUGGGGUCAGAGCUAUGGGCUAUCUGAUGAAACACCAGCUCAACAGUAAUGGAGCGGCUGGCGUGUCCCCCCGAAUCAUCACACAGUUCGUCAAGUGUCUGCAGAACCAGUCCAGCGACAUCCGGCUGGCGGCGGUACGGGUGCUGUGGUGGGUGUGCAAGGACCCGGCCACGCCCGCCCUGGACCCCAGCCUCAUCAAGCCGCUCCUGAAGAGCCUGCUGGACAACACCAAGGACAAGAACACCAGCGUGCGGGCCCAGAGCGAGCACACCAUCAUCAGCCUGCUCAGACUGCGGCAGGGGGAGGAGCUUAUGCAGAGCCUGACCGCCAUACUGGACUCGGCCAGCAACGACCUGCUGUCAGAGUGUAACCGCCGCUCCCUGAAGAAGAUCUGCAGCCUGCCGGAGUCCACCGAGGAGAUCGACGACACCAUCCUCACGUGAUGGGCCGGACUGAACUGCACACCUCACCCUGUUGCUCGCACACACACAGCACACGCACACACACACACACACACACACACACACACUCCCGCAGUAGCCUUUGUUCUCUGCGAUGGAUAAUGGAUAGAGGAAGAGGCAAAGGAGACAGUUAAGGACAAACAUCUCCGUGGUGAAAUGUCUCAAGAAAGGUUCAUUUGGUUUUUCCCCCUCUUUAAUUGCUUUUUGUUUUAUGUCCCAGUGAGAAUAAUUUUAGAUUGCACAAAGUGCAGACAUUCGAAAACCAAACUAGAUAAAGAUAUGGCAAACAAAAGAUUGUGCCAACUCUGUACUGACAUUAAAUUCUAUGUUCCACAGAAGCCUACUUGUUCAUCAAGGACAUCACUGUCCUUGGUGAGAUCUAAAGGAAAUUUUCCAUUUUCAGUUGCCCUAUUUUUAUCUUAUACUGUUUUGUGUGUGUGCAAGAAGGAUUGCUCCAGAAUGGAAAUAAAUCUUGUGUUAAAUUA